AUGCCGUGGUCUUUCGCCCUGCCUCAGGCGAUCUUUGACUCGCCACUGUUGGCGAUUGCGACGCCCAUCGCUGGCGGCUCGCUCGUCGCGCUGCUCACCAAUCACCGGUAUUAUCCCGGAAAUCGGGAUGCAAGCAAAACCCAAGAAACCUACCGGCAACUGCGUCAGCCGCCCUUCAACCCCCCGGGCUGGCUUUUCGGACCGGCCUGGACCCUGCUGUACGGCCUGAUGGGCUAUGCCUCGCAUCAUGCUGCCGUGACGGCGGCGGCGUCGCUGUCCCUGGCUGUGCGCGAUGCCAACGCCUCGGCCCAGACCUUAUACACGACUCAACUCGUGCUCAAUUUCCUGUGGAUGCCGCUCUUCUUCCGGCUAGAGCGGCCGGCAGCUGCCCUCGGGGAUAUGGCCCUGUUGGCGGGAAAUGUAACUCUGCUGUUGGCUAAGUGGUGGACGGUAGACCGCACGGCGUUCUGGCUCAUCACACCCUACUAUGCGUGGCUAGGGUACGCGGCGUACCUGAAUGCGGGCGUCGGCAUUCUGAACGGCUGGAAAUUACCUGCGAGAGACAGGAAGGGGCCAGACCGAGGGGAGUAG